AUGAGUUUAAUUGAAGAAAUGAAGACAUUAGAUGAUACUAAACUUAUUAGUAUGCAAUCAGAUAAUCAAAUACUCUCACAACAAUUAUUAAAUGAGAAGAAAAAACUUUUGCACAGUAAUUUGUUACAAUUAGCUAAUGGAAAUUCAAUGUUACGUGCUUCUCUUAUAUUGCUUACUCUUGUAAUGAUUUUUUUUACGAUUGUGAAAACAUGCAAAUUAUUCUAUCAAAUACGAUAUCAAUAUCAGCAAAAACGAGAGAUAAACGAAUCUGAUAGCGAAAUUCCCGAAAUACUGAUUAAAACACAUUCAACAGAUGAUCCAUAUUUUGUUAAUAAAAAAAGCAAUAAAACGAAGCAUAAAUUAAAUCGAACAUUCCGCAUUUGGAAUGCAAAAUCGAACUUCGAUUCAAAUCCACUACCUAAUAAAAAAAUUAAAUUCAAUUUAUCGCUAUCGAAUAAAUCAGAUUCAAAGUGUAUAUAUCCAGUAACGGAAUCAAAUUUGAAAUCAUCAUUGAAAAGUACCGAAACGAAAAAUUCAGAUACCAACAAAACAAUGACAACCCAUUCCGAAAAGCAUAAAUAG